CGGAUGCACUAAACACGUACCUGUCUAAUUCCAGCCAGUGGCCGGAACUGGACAUGAUGAACAUUUGGACAACAAGUACUAAAGCAGAGAAUAGAAAAGAAGAACAAGAUAAAAGAAAAAGAAGAAGAAGGAGAAAAAAAAAAGUCUUACUAUAUAGCUCAUUAGUUUAAUUACAUGAAAAAUCAUUCCUACAAAAACCAUGGUCAUACCAAAGAAGCUAAGUAACCUGGAGCGCGGGAGGUGGCGUACCAAGUGCAGGAUAGCGCUAUCUCAGCACAUCGAGGCGAAGCUCGGUCUCCGGCUUGAUCCUUCCAAAGUGAGACUACAUACAACUCGCGAAGAUGCAUACUCGUGGAAGAUGUUGCCGGAAAUGCAGCAUUUAUUCUCCAAGAACCUCAGCGAUCACUCCAUCGGGGCUUACAAAGACCUAUGCGACAAUGUUGGAGUGGCCUUCGAGGCGGUUCGGAGCGUUCCAGAGUCGCCUCAGACCUUCCCGGGCCAGAGGACAUUGCAGCAGCAGCAGCAGAACUCUGCUCAUCCCGGACCCAGGAGCUUCACAUCGCAGAUCGGCGAGCUCCAGGCCCGGAACGACCACCUCGCCGAGGAGCUUCGGCAUGUCAAUAUGCAGCUGGACGCCGAAGUUCAGCUACGAUUGUGUAUCGACGAACAGCUGAAGCUGGCCUACGAGAGAUCUGAAUUUCUGCAGAAAGAGCUCGAGGCCGCAGCCCGUGGAGAGACCUAUUUUCGUAACAUGGCCCUGAAAUACUCUCACGGUAUUUCAAAGCUGGUGCCUAUUCUAGCCCAGCUCCAAGAAAACCCCAGUAUCACACAAGACGGGUUUAUAUGAAUUAGUCUCCUUGCUCUUAGUAGCAAUCAUAGAUAGUCUUUCACCUUAUUAGGCGUUAGCGCUCGGAAGUUCAAAAGCGGUUGCUUGGUGUAUUUAGUCCCUCUAUGAUGAUAGAGUAUUCAUUUAAUCAAUCUUUUCCCCCGGUGUCUGCUGU